UGAAUCCGGUCUGUCUUCUGACAAUGACGGCAGUGGAAAAAAAAAGUGAAGCAAUGGCUUCCCAUUAGUAUGCAAAUGGGAUUGUACUGAAAGUAAAUAGGCUCCGCCCACAUCAGCUUACCUUCGAUCUGCACUUUUCGCGGUGUUACAAUUAUUCCGAUGGCAAAGAUUGACCCGAACGAGCCCCCUCCUCCUUAUUACUCUGUCGCUGUGCAUGCCCAGCCCCCCCUCAAGUCCUAUGAAGAGGUGGUUUACGGCGUGGAGGCGGGCCACACCGCCGCCAACCAGCAUUAUGUCCCCCAGUAUGUGCUGCCUGUGGCAGCUCCCCAAGUAGCGCAGCCGAGCACACCUAACAGAAGCAGGAGGAGGGGAUGCUGCAAAAGUAACGCCCAGUGUUACGGAGGCUCAGCCGGGUCUUUUCUGUUGUUGGCCUUGCUGGCUGUGGCCAUCUGGGUCGCAGUGCACUUUGGCACCAGGUCGGUGACUCAGUCCUUUAUCAAUAGCAACAACAACAACAAUCAGCAAAAUGCGGGCCCGAACAACAGCAGACCGCCUUUGAGGAACGACACCUGCCCUGAGAAUGCCACCAUCGAGUGUGAUGGCGUCAUGGACUGCGAGUUGGGCUCUGACGAAAUGGACUGCGUGAUGUUCGCGAGUGUCAACCGUCUGCAGGUCCGGACCGCCGAAGAUGGCCGCUUUCUUCCAGUCUGCUCCAGUGGCUGGGACCAAAACAAUGCGGACCAGACUUGUGCCCAGCUUGGCUUCAGAAGUUCCUUCAUGAGCAAAAAUAUCACAUCCCAGGACUCCCUUGGUUUGAUGGUGACCAACAGAUUGUCUGAAAACAUUCAGGGCCAGGUAGAAGUCAGUUCCUCCUGUCCAGACCAAAACAUUGUCUCCCUGCAGUGCGUAGACUGUGGCCGACAGCAGUCCACAUCUCGCAUCGUCGGAGGCAGCGUUGCACAGAGGGGUCAGUGGCCUUGGCAGUUAUCUCUGCACUUUAGGGGCUCCCAUGUGUGUGGAGGGGUCCUGAUUGCGCCCGAUUUCGUGCUGACUGCCGCCCACUGCUUCCCAGGGAAUUUCCCUUCGAUGCAAUCGCCCCAGUUUUGGCAAGUGUACGGAGGCGCCGUGUCUCUGGAUGAUCUACCUCAGCCCUUCCUGGUUGAGAGUAUCAUACUGAAUGAAAACUACGACAACAGGACCAACGAUCUGGAUGUCGCUCUGCUCAAGCUGACCGCUCCAGUUGAUUUCGACGUUGAUGUUCACCCAGCAUGUCUGCCAGUUAGAGAACAGCCAUUUCCUGACGGUACCACGUGUUGGACCUCCGGCUUCGGCACCACCCAGGCAGGAUCAGGUGGUAUCUCGUCUGAUCUGAUGGAGGUGACAGUGGACAUCAUCGGCACAGACGUGUGCAACAACGGUCAGGUGUACGCCGGAGCUGUGACCGCCAACAUGAUCUGUGCCGGACACCUGGAGGGAGGGCGAGAUUCCUGUCAGGGCGACAGUGGUGGGCCUUUGGUGUGUCAGACUGAUGACCUGUGGUACCUGGUGGGCAUCACCAGCUGGGGGCAAGGCUGUGCUCAGAGAAACAGGCCGGGUGUUUACACCAGAGUCAGCAAUGUUCUUCCUUGGAUCUACACCAACAUGCAGCAUGAAAGGCCCUAAUGUCACUUCUUGCUGCCGGCCGGCUAUCUGGUUUCCCCCUCGUCUGCAUUGAACUCUGCACUGUGAAGCUGUCUUCCAACAAAGACGGAUGGACCAAUGAGGGGAGACGCUCCAGACAAGACGGAUUGAAGGUUGCUAAUGUUGGAGACGGAGGGGAUGAGGCAAGAUGUACAAGCAGUACAAUUACCAAAUGUCAUGUUUACAGCGGUGUGUUGAUUCAUCUAUUGCUGCUGCACUGAUUCCUUACUCCGAUAUCACUAAUCAAAUGUUGGAGAUGCCAAACUGCAACAGUGGAACCUCUAUAGUGGGACUAGGAAUUUGAUCACAUUUAUUUUGAUUUUUCUUUGGCUUUUUUUUUUUAAUUUUAAACACAUAUUCCAAAAAGAAGUGAAGACGACUCUUAUCAAGGCUGCGUGACUCAGUCUUGAGAAAAAAUGAGGUGUGGUGUAAAUCAGUGGUCCCCAACCACCGGGCCGCGAUUGGUACCGGGCCGCAGAAGAAUGUUUUAUUCAUUUUUAUUUAUAAAAAAAAAAAAAAAAAAAAAUGUUUUCAUUAAAUCAACAUAAAAAAACACAAUAUACACUUACAAUUAGUGCACCAACCACAAAAACCUCCCUUUUUCAUGAAAAAACGUCCCUUUUUCAUGACAAAGAAAAAAAAAAGGAUAUUAUUGACUUAUUCCAUAAGUACACAAACAUAUACUUCAUGUGUAAUGACAUGCUAAUUUUAAUUUUUAAUUUUUUUUUUUUCCCCAAAUUCCAUUGUAUGUUAUACUCUUCUGACCCCACCAGAUGGCAGUAUACGUGUCCACAUAAGUGGUCGUAAGACCCCAAUUCAGUAGUGUGCACAAUUUUGGAAAUAACGCUAUAUUAUAAAAAAUACAGACGUUUUGUUAACGCUAUAUUAUAAAAAAAAUUAAAAAACAAUUUACAAACACAAACAAUGGGAUGAAAUAAGAGGAAACGUGACCCCGGAAGUAAAUGCGUCAUCCCAUAGCUUGUUUUUGUAAAUUGUUUUUUAAUUUUUUUUUUAUAAUAUAGCAUUAACUUAACGUCAAUUAAUCAUGAACCCGGAAGUAAAUGGGGGGGAAGGUUUUUGUAGGGGGGAAGAAAUUUGGCUUGACAGCCCUGCCGAGGAUGUCGUUGUGGUUUGUGCAGCCCUUUGAGACACUUGUGAUUUAGGGCUAUAUAAAUAAACAUUGACUGAUUGAUGUUAGUACAACAGUCGAGGAAAAUUAACAAACUACAUGAAUAACAUCUUAAUUGAAUUUUGAUAAAAAAAAAUUUAUCUUGAUAGAUUGAAAAUGAACACCAAUGUGUUGACUGAUGAACAUUAUAACAUCAUUUAUUCAGAAAAUAUAAAUAACGACAAAUAAAGAUAAAAUACAAUUAUAACCGCAACAUGUAAGUGUAAAAAAAAACCACAACAUUAUGAUUUGUACACCAGGCGUGCCAUACGUAAUGCCCGCGAACAGGUUUUAUC